AUGUGGAGAGUUGAACAAUGUUCGAAUGAACCAUAUCCAAGGUGUGCACAUCAAUGUGCAACUGUAGAUCACUAUAUUUAUAUGUUUGGUGGUUGGACUGAUGAAAAUCAAAUGUUAAACGAUUUACAUAGAUUCAAUAUAGAUACUUGGGAAUGGGAAGUUAUAAGACCUAAUAAAACGAAUGAAAAUGAUAAUCUUAAUCAUAAUAAUAAUAAUAAUAAUCAUACAAAUGGAAAUGGUGUAAUAGCUACUGCUAGUAGUAGUAAUACUGAUAAUAAUAAUGUUAAAAAUAAUAAUGAUAAAGAAAUAGAUGAACCUUUUAUAAUAUCUAGAAAUGGUCAUUCAUUCAAUGCCUAUGGUAAGAAACUGGUGUUGUUCGGUGGUGGUUCAUUCGCUGGUUUUCUCAAUGACGUUGUUUUCUUUGAUACUGUGACAAUGCGUUGGCAGCUACCGGUGAAUGCUGUCGAAGGAACACCACCGUCUGGCCGAUCGAAACACGCUACAACUAUGUUGGGUUCGCGUCUCUACGUGUUUGGCGGUGGUGAUGGUGUUCGACUGCACAACGAUCUCUACUACCUCGACUUGGAGACGCUUCGAUGGACAAUGGUGGAGUCGUCGCGUGGCGUGGUGCCGUCGCCGCGCUGGGGACACACCAUGGUGAGCAUCGACAACCAUCGACUCUUGAUAUUCGGAGGACACUCCGGUUCGAAGCGACUCAACGACCUUCACAUCUACGACUUGACUACGAAUGAGUGGUCGCAGCCAGUGGUUGGCAGCGGUAGUGAGCUGGCCAGCGACUGCUUCAAGCCGCAACCGAGAGCGGGUCACUCUGCAUCGAUGGUCGGUCGCUACAUGUUGGUAUUCGGUGGUGGUGACGGUCAUAUUCUUAAUGAUUUCGUCGGUCUUGACGUUACUUGUUGGCGAUGGUGGAAAGUCACUGCCGAUACACCCGGUGGCAGAUGUGCACACUCUAGCUCGAUCAUCAAGAAUAAACUAGUGGUAUUUGGUGGUGGAAAUGGUUUGCACUGUAUCAAAAAGAUGGUUGUAUUUGAGAAUAUCGAUAACAUCGAUCAUCUUUACCAACAACAUCUAUACCAAGCGAAACUUAAACAAGACGACAAAAAUCAUACCACCAUUCACAGCUCCAAUAGUAACACACCCAAAAAGAUUAUUAUUACACCAAAGAAAUUGAUAAAACCAACAGCUGACGAGACUUUACUAUCUAAUACAAUCGAAUCUAUAGCAAAGAAAGUUCAAUCAAAUACUAUUAAUAACAAUAACAAUAAUAAUAAUAAUAUUACAACAACUACAUCUACAACAACAACUACUACAUCUACAACAUCAUCAAAUCAACAAACAAUUAAAUUAAAUCUUGAAAAUAAUAAUAAUAAUAAUAAUAAUAAUAAUAAUAAUAAUAAUAAUAAUAAUAAUAAUAAUAAUAAUAAUAUAAAUCAAGUAAAUGAAACAAAAGAUGAAGAUCUGACAAACUUGCUUGUACAAACACCAACCGAUAAAUUAAAAGAUAGUUGCUUAACAGAUAGAGAGAGAAGAGAUAUAAAAUUCUUUUUAACCAAUAUUGGAAUGGCUAAAUUUGGAUUACCACCAAUACCAAUCGAUGUCGACCCUAAUUUCAGUCCGAGAAUAGAUGAUGAUAAAUUGGAUCUAUAG